AUGAAGUUUGGUAGUCAAAUAAAAGCCACUUUACACCUUGAGUGGAAAAAUUAUUAUGUUGACUAUGAUGGUCUAAAGAAAAUUCUUAAGCAAGGCGAAGAAAGGGAAGGAGGAUAUACUGACAAAGACGAAACAGCCUUUUUCGAAAAAUUAGAUAAAGAAUUAGAAAAGGUAUACACUUUUCAGAAUACUAAAUAUGAAGAAAUAAAAAAUCGCGUUCAAUCAUGUGAAAAGAUUGUUGAGUCCGUAAGCAAAGAUCGGUCUUUAAACGCUCAUCAAACUUAUAGUGAUAUUAAACGUCAAAUCAAUUCAAUUACUGAAGAAUUAAAUGAACUAGCAAAAUAUGCAAGGUUAAAUUAUACUGGCAUCAUAAAAAUUAUAAAGAAGCAUGAUAGACGAACGCGUUAUUUCCUUCGUCCGAUGUUCAGUGUUCGAUUGAACGCGUGUCCAUUUUAUAAAGAAACUUUUGAACCUGUAAUCGUAAAUCUUUCUCGACUUUAUCAUAUUGUUCAAAGAGGCUUAGGAGGAGAUGAAAUUCCUCCCAAUUUUUCAAACAUAAUUCCAUUGUUCCCAUCACAAGAAAAAUUCUUUCGACAAUCACGUAAAUUCUGGGUUCAUCCAGAUAAUGUUGUGGAAGUUGAGACCACUAUUCUACGUCACCUUCCAGUGUUAAUAUAUAAACCUGGAACAGAUUCUUCAGUUCAUUCUAUAUAUUUUGAUAAUGAUUCAUUUGAACUUUAUCAAGAUAAAGUUGAUCGUAAACCUGGCGAUCAACUUAUUAGGUUAAGGUGGUAUGGUAAAGUACCAUCAAAUGAUAUUUUUGUUGAAAGAAAAGUUCGUCAAGGAGAUGAUGAAAUAAAAGAAAGGUUUGCUAUCAAAGAAAAAUAUACAAAUGCACUCUUGAAAGGUGAGUAUUCGCUGGACAAGAGGCUCGAAAAGAUGAAAGAACAUCCUGGAACGACUGAAGAAGAAAUACAAAAUUUUCAAACAUUGGUAAAAGAAAUUCAAAAUACCAUUGUAGAAAAGAAAUUACAACCAGUUCUUCGCACAUAUUAUAAUCGUAUGGCAUUUCAAAUUCCCGGCGAUUCAAGUGUUAGGGUUUCCUUUGAUACCCAAUUUUACAUGAUUCGUGAAGAUAAUUUCGGUGAUUCGGAUGAUUCAAAUCGUCGACGAAAUGAGGAUUGGCGAAGAAGGGAUAUUGAUGAUGAUAAUUUUAAUAAAUUACCACCUUCGGAAUGUGUUAAAUUUCCCUACGCUGUGUUAGAAGUGAAACUCAAUUUGAGUGAAAACGAACUAGAACCGGAUUGGGUUCAAGAAUUAGCAUCAAGCCAUUUGGUCGAAGCAGCCCCACAAUUUUCAAAAUAUGUUCACGGAGUUGCAACUUUGUUUACCUCUCAAGCACAAUCUCUACCCUAUUGGCUGCCUAAUAUUGAUAAAGAUAUUCUUAAACCUCCAACUUUACGUCAACCAUCCGAGGCUAAUGAAGAACCUGCAGCAUCAUCUUCUUCAAUGCCUUCAAUGAUUACACCUAGUCUUCCAAAGGACAUUAUUUCAGAGGAAACAACUGUUGAGAUUAAUGAUGAUUCCUCUGAUAUUGUUAUUAACAAAAAGGGAAAAGCAGUCGUCUAUACUACUGAUGACGAAGAUCAUGAUGAAAAUACGCCACUACUUGAAGGGGAAGAAUGUGAAGAAGAAGUUAUACAACACAGACCUAUUGGACUUAGAACUUUCAGUAAAAUCUUUAGAAAGAAAAGUUCAAUACCUGAUCGAGAAACUUCAUCUCGUAUUAUGUUCCUUCCUCCGAAGGUAACAGGACCUAUUCAAGUUGAACCCAAAGUUUAUUUCGCUAACGAGCGAACAUUUUUCUCAUGGUUGAGAUUCUGCGUACUAUUAGGAUCGUUGGCUUUGGGAUUAUUUAAUUCGGCUGCAGCAGAUAAUAAACUUGCUAUAUAUUGUGCUGUAUCAUAUACAUCUAUUAAUGAUCUUAUCGCACCUGGAGUUGUAUGUGCCGCGAUUUUCAUCGCGACUGGACUAAAUUUCUACCUUAAGCUUGCACCAAGAGUAGUAGAAGGGAAUGAUGGAAAUAAUAAAUUAAUUCUUCAAGAAUAA